AUGUACAAUUCCUUGACAAAUGUAGUGUUUGUAAUUUGUCUCUGUGUUGGAACAAUUUGUGCUGUGAGUAAUGGUGAUACGAGAAUUUUGUCCCGUAGGAAGCGAUACGUCGCUUUCCCAGAAGGUUCCAGUUUCUCAUGCGCGGGAUGUAUGACAGUUGGAGUAAUAGGUCAGCCAGCGCCAACGUCUGCUCCGGGAACAUUCACCUUCGGCUUAAAUUGGGGCAUAGCGUACGAGUUGCCGAAUAAUACCGAAACAGCUCUAUUUUAUCGGAGUAAGAAACACAAGAGUAUAGCACAGAGGCGAAGCAGGAGGGAAUUGUAUGAGAAAUUGGAGGUUAUAUUGGAUAACAUGGGAUACAGUGGCCGACAAUGUAUAUUGAAGACCCUUUGCGAAACGACUCAGCGAAUCGUGCCCCACGGCGGAAAUAUGAUCGAGGAAAUAUUCAGGACUUUGUUUACCAUGCCAAUGACGAAAGUUCUUCCAACGGAGCCUUUAGAACAUACUAUAUAUGACGCAGCACAUCGACUAGGAUCUCUAUUGAAGUCUUGCGACACUUUCAACUGUCCUCUGUCUUUGGUUGACUUAGCCAAAGGCUAUUAUAAUGCACCAGCACCGAAUGUUGACACCGCCAAGAGUCCAUGGGCAUUAUUUAGCAGUAGCUUCGGCUAA